GAAGAUUCGCAUUCUAUAACGUCCCCUUUCGAAAGUUUUUAUUUUCAUCAAAGUGAUGCAAUUUUCUGCUAGCUAUUUUCUCAAGGCAGAACAAACAUUCUUGAUUGAAAUUGUGUUUUAUUAGAGUUGGUUCUUAAGAAAUUAAAAUUUGAGUUUUGUAUUUCGUCAGUACAGUGUAAUCAAAGAUAUUCAGUGUAUAACCUCAGUGUACAUCAUAAGUAUUUGGAUAAAAAAUUUAAAGAAAGCAUGUCAUCAGGUGUUAUUCUGGCAGGUUUGGCUGUGGCUGCAAUUGGUUAUAGUGGACGAUUUAUUCUAAGAAAUUCCAAAGUAUGGGCUGAAGCAUUGGAGAAACAGAUGAAAGCUUUUCCUACACCAGCAGGUUUUGCAAAUAGCAAAUAUUAUAAAGGUGGUUUUGAAGAAAAAAUGACUCGAAGAGAAGCUGCCCUCAUCCUUGGAGUCAGCCCAUCUGCGAGCAAGAAUAAGAUUAAAGAUGCUCAUAAAAGAAUAAUGUUAUUAAAUCAUCCUGAUCGAGCAGGUGGUUCUCCAUACUUGGCUGCUAAAAUAAAUGAAGCAAAAGACAUGAUGGAUAAAAGUUGACAACUUCUUUGUACAUUUGUAUGAUCUAAUGUUUCAAUAAUUCAAAUUAUAACUGUAAAUGUAAUAUUAUUGUUAGUUCUUAGAGUAGAAUUAAUAAAGAUUUGUUAUUUUAACUUAUAAACUAAUAUUUUCUAGUGA